AUGUCCAAUUUUAAAAAGAAUUCAAAGGCCAAUAAGCACGUCGUGACUUCCACUGGACUAUCUUUGCAGGGCUCUCAAAUUAAUCUCUCAACCCGUUUAUCGAAUUUGAACAUGUCAAAUCCUUUACACUAUUUGUACAACGAAAACGUUGAUACGCCGUCGCGUGGAAGACCGAUGUCUGCAAUGACAUUGAGUGCUACAUAUCAGGAAUCACCACGUAAGUCAAGACUAGUUAAACGUCCCCAGUCUGCAGAUACAAUAAAUAAGAUUAACAAGAGCCGACACAUUUCAUUUGAUUUCAACGAUCAACAGAUUGACACGGGUAUCGGAAAUCGUGUAGAUCGGACUGAGAGUGCGUUUGAUGAAUCGGACGGGGCCGAACUGUCGUCGUCUAGUGACGGCCAUUUGACGCCCGUCCCCCCGAAUGACGGCACCGGCGAUGGCGAUGGACAGCCGUCGCUCGAACCAGGUCUGACUUCUAAGCCACCUAUACCACCAGGAGGUGGGGAAGCACGCUUGCCGGAAACUUUUAGCCGGGCGGCCAAUGGAUCAGCGACGUUCGACGAUGCGGUGGAGCUGAAAUUCCAGCGCUGGUUCCCGAAUUCGGCACCGGUCCUGGUUCCUGUGUCAACACCCGCCACAGACGUAGAAAGUGUGGCCAGUUGCGGUAGCGUCAGUGACGGGCGGACCGUGGCGUAUUCGAAGAGCAGCAGAGGUCAGCUAGACGAGGAGAACCUGUACUCGAACCUGAGCGCGGCCAUAGGUGGUGCGAGCGACAGAUUCGGCGGGUCAGUUUCCGUGGACCUGUCGGGGGCGCUCCGGGGUAGCGACGCGGACGGUGACCGAGGCCGGACGCGGUCCAUCGUAAAGCCGAAGAUCAGGUCAAAGAAGAAGAUCGCACCGGUGGUGGCGGCGACGGUCGGCCACAGAGCUAAAAAUAUAAGGGACACUCUCAAAUCGAAGCAGGUCACGGCUCCGGCUGUCCAGCCGGUCGAAGCAGCGGUGACGGCGCGGAACGAGCAACUUUCGGAGAGACAGCCUGCAGAAGUGAGGAGAGAACGUCCCAAGAACGCUGAACGUUCGCCGGUGCAAGAUUACGUCAGGGAGGAUGUGGUCUCGUGGAUGUCUAGUCACUUGCAGAGACCUUCGACACCUGAGUUCAACGGCCAUACACUCGACGCGUUUUGCAAAGAAAACCAUAAGACGUCGACGUACGACGAGAUCGUUAACAUUCUUAAAGAACUUGAGUCCGAAAAUAACGACAUCGACAUGAAUGUCAGGAAAAGUGGUGUUACAGAUAAUAAUAAACAUCAAACAUUAGUACCAGAAUCUUCGUCUAGUUCAAAGGCAUUAUGGUCAUUUCUGGACGAGGUAGAGAAAAAUUCAAAUCAACCUACUCCUCCCAAAUCACCUAAACAAAAAUCGCCCGUACAGUUACCAAACACACCACCACCGUCACCAGGUAAAAAAGUUGUGGAUGUAAAAAAGGGAAAUCUCCAACAAGUUAUGGAUCUUGACAAAGCAGAGUUGGCUCAGAAAGUAGCCAUGCUUCAAAUACAAUUAUCAGAAAAAGAAGAUAUAACUGAAAAAUUAAAAACUACUAUAUCUGAACUACAAGCGGAGCACGCUAAAACUAAAUCUGAAUAUGAAUCCACUGUUACGAGACACCAAAAAUUCAUCGAUAAAUUAUUGAACGAGAAAAAACAACUUAGUGAAAGUUGUUCUUUGACUGUAAAGGAACUUACAAAAAAAAUGAAUGAUGCACUAUCGAGCCAAGAAGAACGACACAAAGUUGAAUUGAAAAAAGCUAUAGACAAACAGACAGCAUCUGAGAAAAUAAAAAAAGAUCGGUGGGUUGAUCUGAAGACAAAAAAAAUCAAAGAGAUGACGAUUAAAGGUAUUGAACCUGAACUUAAUAGGAUGUCUGUAGCAUAUCAAGAAGAAUUAUCUGAACUCAGAAGAAUUCAUCAAUCACAAAUUGAAGAGAUCGAAGCAACAUGGCAUCGGAGAAUGGCAGCCAUGAGGGAUAAAAUGGAUGCAGAACGGGAACAAGCAAUUGUGACAGAAAGAGAAAACUCAAGAAAUCGCUUGGAAAUGGAAAUCGCUGAACUUGAAAAGAGUUAUCAAGAUCAACGUAAAAGACUAUUAGGCGAAAUUCACGGGGAAAGAUUACGUCAAGAAAGAGAAAAUGACGUGACACUAAUGGAAAAGCAAAAAGCCCUUGAACAAAAGUUUGAGAAAUUGGUAUUAGAGAUCCAAGAGAAGAUUAAUAAAAAAGAGCUAGAAUUUCAGAACGAGUUGAAGACUAUUCGAGAAACUUGUGAAACAGAUAAGACAAAAUGGAUACAACAUCAAACGGCUGUGUUAUCAGAUAAGGAAAGUAACAUUAAAGAAAUGUGCAAAAAAGAGCGAGACAAGCAUAUUGAAUUAGUUGUUCAAAAAUUGGAGAACGAAGCUUCUGAAAGAGAAAAAAGUUCAGAAAUGAAAAUUAAACGAAUAAAAUCUGAGUACGAAGCUGACAUUCGAGAACUAGAAAACACCAUAUCCGGUCAUCGUAUGAAAUUAAACGAAGCUCGUACCAAAGCACAGGAGCAAGAAGAUAAAAUAGCAGAUCUCACUAGUGAAUUGAAUAAGUGUAAUGUUGAACAAGUACGAUUACAAGAGUUGAUUUCCAAACUAAAAAAUGACCUUACUGCAAAUGAAAAUAUUAUAAAAAACGAAGCUGUCACUAAGAUCGGAAUAUUACAGACAGAAUUAAUUCAAUUAAAAUUGAGUUUCGAAACUAAAAUAAAAACCAUUGAAAAUGAAAAAGAAAGAGAAAUAAAUCACGUUUACGUCCGGGUAAAAGAAGCAAUUAAACGAAAAGACGAAACAAUUCAGACUUUACAAAGUGAACGAAAUGCUGCCUUAGAUCAAUGCAGUAACAUGGAGAGACUCUUGGAACGUCAGAGAAAAGAACUUUUGAAGCUCAAAUAA